AUAUGGAAAAAUAUGUUGUAUAUCGGCACUAUGAAUUAUUUUGAAAACUGGUUCUUGGAAUUUAGUAAGUGUAUCUAAACAGUCAACUAGUCAGGAUGUGUUACAGUAGAUAAUAAAGAAUGUGUAAUGGUGAUAAUUUUUAUUCAUUAUUCAUAGAAUUGCCAAAUUUGAAUAUACUGGAAAGAGAGGAGGUGGUGGAUGGGGAAGAAGUGACUACAUCUGAGGAUUGGAAGGAGGGGAGGAGAGUAGUAGAACUUGGAGUGUUAGCUGAGGGCUUGCGGGGAUGUUGUAAAUGUGGCUUACCAUUACAACUUUCACACACUAUUUCUGUGUUGACAUAUGGUUUAGCUUCUUUGUUAAAGGUCUGUUGCAGCAAUACAAAGUGUAAUCAUAUUAACCAUGUAAAAACGGGGAAAAAACAUGGAAGAGUGUGGGAUGUAAAUACAAAGCUAUCAGCAGCAAUUGUACAUGUUGGUAUUGGUGCAACGCAAGUCAACAGUCUCCUUUCUGAGCUGAAUAUACCACCUGUAAGCCAUGCCAUGCUGGACAAAAGACAGAAAGAGAUAGGCAGAGCUGUUGAAGAUAUUGCUGCAGAGUCUAUGUCUGAUGCUUUGCAGAAGGAACUGGAAAUGAUGAAUGAAGAGAUGAACGAAAAUGGACUAGUUGUUGCUGUAGAUGCUGGAUGGCAAAAACGGGGUAGCGGAAAGACAUAUGAUAGUUUAUCAGGUCAUUGUUCCAUGGUUGGUCCUCUCUCCGACAAAGUAUUGUCAUACUCUCUGAGGUCUAAGAAUUGCAGAGUAUGCAGUGUAGCUGAAUCAACCAACAAGAAUCCAGCAGCCCAUGAGUGCUCAAAGAAUUGGGAGGGUAGUUCAAAGGCCAUGGAGGCAGAUAUGGUUAUUGAGAUGGUCCAAGAUCUACAGAAAAGUAAAGGAAUAACCAUUGAUGGAAUCAUUGGAGAUGAGGACUCUACCACUAUUGCAAGACUGAAAGCUAAUGUCAAUGCUGAUAUUAAGAAGUUGUCUGAUAAAAAUCAUCUAAAGAAACUGUUUACAAACUCUUUGUUUACCUUGAAGAAAAAACAUUCAUCUCUAACUUUGUCUGUGAUAAAGUACAUUCAGAAAUGCUUCAGUUACUCCAUAGCACAGGGAAAAGGAAAUGCUUCUCAAAUCAAAGAAGACCUUUCAUCAAUUCCAUUACACAUAUUUGGAGAUCACCAACACUGCUCCUCAAGGUGGUGCAACUUCAUUAACAACCCUAACCUGAGGUACAAGUCACUUCCACAUGGAAAACCCCUGAAAGAUAGGUUCCUUCAGGAUGAUCUGAAAGAAGUCUUCAGUUCAUAUGCAAGUCAUUCUGAUCGUCUUUCAUGCUUAGGAAGCACACAGUCGAAUGAGAGUUUUCACAGAAUGGUGUCUGCAAAAGCCCCAAAGACCCAUCAUUACAGCUCUUCUUCAAGCCUCAGAUAUAGAGUUGCUGCAUGUGUAGCCCAGAAAAAUGUUGGACACAGAUAUCUUGUAAAGGUUAACAAGAAAUUGGGCCUCUCUCCUGGCUACUAUACUCGACGACAGUGCAUUCUGAGGGAUUUACAAAGAAAGCGACAGAAGGCCAUUUCAGUGACACAGAAAUUUAAAAGGAGAAGGAGAGAAUUGAAAGCCAGGAAAAUUCAAAGUAUUUCUACAAAAGAAACAAGGGAAGGCAUCAGUUAUUUAACAGGAUGUGAUCUCCAGCAGGCCUCUGACAUCGUUGAAAUUCCAGCUCCAAAAACAAUUCCAAAGUAUGAUCAUCUCCCUUCAAGUCAGCUGUUAAAUGCUGAAGAGAUCUAUUUUGAUUUGGAAACUACUGGACUCGCAAGGGAUUCUCAUAUUGUGCAGUUGUCUGCAGUUAGAAAUGAUGAGGUUUUCAACAAAUACAUCAUUCCAGAAAAACCAAUGUCCUCAAAAGCUACAGAAAUUACUGGAAUAAAAGUAGUCAACAAUAAAAUGUACCACAAUGAUGAGGAAGUUGAGACAGUCAGCAUUAAGGAUGCACUGAUCCAGUUUAUCGACUUCAUGAAGAAAUCGGAGUCAGAUGCUGUUCUAGUUGGACACAACUCCAAAGUGUUUGACCUUCCUGUGCUGUUCAACAUUUUGAGUAAAUUAAACAUUUUGGAGGCAUUCUCAUCUGCAGUCAUUGGUUUCAUUGAUACCUUACCUCUUUUCAAAAUUUCGCAUCCAAACCUUUCAUCAUACUCACAGUUACACCUCUUCGAAGAAAUUCUACAAGACAAAUACAGUGCGCAUGACUCAUUACAGGAUGUCUUAGCCUUGAAGAGAUUGUUGGACCAUACAGGACCUUCCCCUGAAGUCAAACUUGCUGCAUCUUUCACUUCAAACUCUGCCUUUGCCAUAUUCCAUCACAAGAACACAACAAAAAGUCUAAUGAGCACACUAAAGCCUUUAUUGGACCAAAAGGUGAUUUCGAAUGGAAUGGGAAAUAAGAUUGCCAGCAGUGGACUCUCCUUAUCACACUUACAACUGGCUUAUCGCAGAAAUGGUAGGGAGGGAGUACAGGAUGUGCUGACAGAGAUAACAGAUAACAGUGUGCGUGUGACAAAAUCUAGAAAAAUCAUUGAUUCUGUUGCAGAUUUUCUCAGAUCUGAGCAGUAA